AUGUCCCCACCCAAAGAUUCAAAAAACGAGGUCCAAGAAAUCUCAAAUCCACACACUACACCCAGCUCAGACGAAGACAACCCUCCCAAAUCAGCACACACGAUAUCUAUCUCACCCACUAGCAAAUCUUCUGAAAAGAGAGAAACCAUAAGUCCGAAAUCUGCUCCAAAAAGCGAAGAUGUUUCUUCAGAGAAAACAGACAAGGUGGAAGAAGUUGAUGGAGAAAAGGGGAGAGAAGAUGAAGGAGGAAGAGAUGUAGAAGAAAAUCAUGAAUAUAUCUCGGGAUAUAAAAUUUUGGUGGUUAUGACUGCCAUUACACUGACGACGUUUUUGGCGCUUUUGGAUACGACGAUUGUUGCUACUGCCAUCCCCCGCAUAACCUCGCACUUCCACUCCCUCCCCGACGUCGGCUGGUACGGGAGCGCCUACCUCAUCACCAACUGUUCCCUGCAACCACUCUCAGGAAAACUCUACACAUAUUUCCGUUCCAAACACGUAUUCCUCUCUUUUUUCUUCCUCUUCGAAUUCGGUUCUUUGUUGUGUGGAACGGCUGUUUCGUCCGACAUGUUGAUUGUGGGACGAGCGGUUGCGGGUAUGGGCUCGGCGGGUUUGAUGAAUGGUGCGAUUACGAUUUUGACGCAUGCGGUACCGAUGGAGAAGAGGCCGGUGUAUUUGGGGUUUAUGAUUUCGACGGCACAGUUGGCGUUGGCGGUGGGGCCAUUGAUUGGGGGGGCGCUAACGCAGUAUGCGAGUUGGAGAUGGUGCUUUUAUAUCAACCUCCCAUGCGGCUUCCUCGUCAGUCUUCUUCUCCUCUCCAUCACCAUCCCAGAGCGUCUCCACCCCACCGCCCUAACCCUCACCCCUCUCCAACGAAUCCAACACCUCGACCUUCUCGGCUUCUUCCUCUUCGCACCCACCGCCAUCCAAGUUCUUCUCGCUCUAGAACGGGGCGGAACAACGUAUCCCUGGUCAUCCUCUCACAUCAUCGGACUCUUCAUCGGAUCAUUUUUCACUUUUCUUCUAUUUCUCUACCGCGAAUAUCGCGCUGGAGAUGAAGCUAUGAUUCCUUUAUCUCUUGUGAGAAACACUGUCGUGUGGACAUGCUGCUGUACGAACUUUCUAUUUAUGGCAGGUAUGUUGACAUUGAGUUAUUAUCUACCGAUUUAUUUUCAGGGGGUGAGGGGUGUACAACCGACGAUGAGUGGAGUAUACACUUUACCGGGAAUUUUAUCACAGAUGUUAUUUGCGAUUAUCUCGGGUUUUGCUGUGCAAAAAAUAGGUUAUUAUCUUCCCUUCAGUAUUGUGGGCGGGUGUUUCGCCGCAAUAGGGUAUGGUUUGAUAUCCACCUAUACACCCUCCACUCCAGCAUCGAAAUGGAUCGGCUAUCAAGUCCUCGGCGGAAUCGGCCGUGGUCUCUCUAUGCAGAUGGUAAUAAUAGCCAUCCAAAACAACCUCACCGGGACCAACAUCGUCAUCGCACAAACCCUCGUGAUAUUUUUCCAAUACCUCGGCGGGGCACUCUGUCUUACUUUCGCAUCUACAAUCUUCGCCGCGAAACUCAAAUCCGGAUUGCGAGUAUUUGCGCCCACGGUAGAUCCGCAACUGGUGAUUGAGGCGGGCGCGACGGCGUAUAGAAAUGUGAUACAGAAGGAUCAGGUGAUGAAUGUGGUGAUGGCGUAUAAUUUGGCGAUUAAUCAUUGUUUUUACUUGGCGGCGGGAUUGGCGGCGGGAGUCAUGUUGUUUGUGUGGGGAAUGGGGUGGAAGAAGAUCGGGGGGAGGAGUGAUGGGAAGAAUGUGAAGGCGGGACAGGAAGGCGGGGCGGAAGUUUGA